AUGCACGACUCACAGACGCCAAACGCUCACACUCUUACGCCUAUUGCGCUCAAGGCCAUGGAGACACCCGAACCUCGAUGCCUGCUAUUCGAACUGCCCCGCGAGCUGAGGGACCUGAUCUACGAAUACGCAUUGACCGAAGUUGGCGGACUCGUCAUAAACGGUAUACCCACCUCCAGGCUCGCAGGUGGAUCGGGAUACUUCCACGCCGGUGACAACAAGGGAGCCAAGCACGACGCCAAUCAGCUAAAGUUCGUAUGUCGACUAUUGCAUUCAGAGACAGCCGGCCUAGGACUUCGCUACAACGACGUAACUUUCCACGGCACCCGACACAAAACUGGCGUCGCGCUCUUCCAGCAAUUCGUCUUCUACGAAUGUUCCAAAAUGCACCUCCAACGUAUCAAGAAAGUGACCAUAACAUACCGACACGUAUCUUGGGCCCACAAAUACCGCGGGCCCCGACUCGAGACUGUCACUAAGCAACUCGGGCUCACACGCCUGUGCACCGACCAGUUUGCAGCCUACUGCCAGGCUAACCCCGCCACGGAAAUCAAUAUACGUGUCGGAAAAGUCUCUCACAAAGUAUCAUGGGGUGACUGGGUAGUCUUCGUUAUGUUAUUGCACCAUGCACAUGGUGUGACGGCUUCAGUGGACACUGGUCCAAAAGGUCCUGGUGGCAUUCCUCGCAAUGUUCGAAUUUUCCCCGCCAGCUUUGAUGAGGAAUAUUACGGAAUCCUUAAAACUCGGUCAACUUCUACGUCAGCGAGUGGGCCCGAGUAGGCACCGCAGUGCAAGGGAUUGUGCGAGGAGGGUUUCUGAAGCGGCCACGGGAUGAUGGGGAAGAAGGUAGGAAAAGAGAGAGAGAGAGACAGAGAGACGAUGUGGGACGAAGUAGGGAAUAGCUCGAGGCGAAAUGACGAUUGGGCUCCUGGCACAUGAAUACAAGAAGGGAGGUAGGCUAAUGGAAUUCCCCUAGUUACUAGACCAUAAAAUCAUGUCUCUUGAAAAUCACAACUUCAAUUUCGCCGAACAUAGGAUCCGCUAAGCUCUUGGGGGUUAAAUGUAUCAACCUCCCUCAAGAUCCCAACGUUACGCUUGAAUUGCCACAACCACUCCGCAGAAUCCGCCGGCGUCUGAUUCCAAGCGUCAUCACCGUCGUACACGAUCCAUCUGGCCUGAUGCUGUAUCUCUUCAUCAGAUGGCACGUGGGAGUUCGGGUUAUUCGGAGACUGCAA